AUGGAGAUAUCUUUGGAAUGGUCACGUGAAGUUGGAGAAUUUUUGAUCAGAUGGGAAUAAGAAUCUAAUUCAAUCCAAAUAAGAUAAUAUUUAGCUAAUUGA